AUGUCCACUCCCUCCCCAACCUCCACAGCCGACCUAGCCCUCCACUUCCUCGAAACCCGCUCCCCCUCACAUCCCACAUCAUCUUCCGCAUCCCUCCUCUCCCAAAUCUCGCACCGCCAAAAAAUAAUCUCCUACUUCUCCAUCCCCGCCGGCUCCCGCGUCCUCGAAAUCGGCUGCGGCCAAGGCGACACGACCAUCGUGCUCGCCGACACCGUCGGUCCCAGCGGUCACAUCGACGCACUCGACCCCGGAUCACCAGAUUACGGCUCGCCCUUCACCCUCUCCCAAGCACAAUCACACAUCCUUUCCUCCCCCCUCGGCCCACGCAUAACCUUCCACAACACCUCCCCCCUCGCCUAUCUAACCAGCUACACCGGCCCCCCCUACGAUUUCAUCAUCUUCGUACACAGCACAUACUACUUCGCCACUCCCUCCGUCCUGCCCUCCAUCCUCGCCAUUCCUCUCCUAGGCACGCCCAGAAUCUGCAUCGCGGAAUGGAGUCUGCGCGCGCGGACACCGGUCAGCUAUCCGCACGUGCUCGUCGUCCUGGUGAUGGCGAUGCUCGAGAAUAUGCGUCGUGGUGACGGGAGCGGGAAUGUAAGGACUGUGAUGGCGCCUGCGCGACUGCGCGAGGUGGUGGGGGAACGGUAUGGGGUGGUAAGGGAGGAGUAUCUGGGAAGUGGUGAGGGGAUGAGGGAUGGCGUGUGGGAGGUUGGAUAUAUUCUUCGUCGGGAGAGGGAGGGACGGGUGUUUGAGGGGGUUGAGGCGGGGGAGGGGAUGAGAGGGGUUGUUGGGGCGAUGGUUGGGGCGUUGGGGGAGGCUGUUGAGGGUCUAGGCGGGGUGGAGGGAGUUGAGUGUAUGGAUGUUUGGGUUGGGGUGUUUUCGUGA